AUGGCCCGCCUUGUCCCACUCCAAGAGGACUUCCCAUUCGACAUCAUCUCACAUGAUGUGCCCGUCACCCCGUUCCGGGAAUACCCAACUGCAGUCGUCGACGAAAGCAGGGGCCUGAGGCUUUCCGUCAAGCAGUAUAUCCCUCGGGACGACAAACAUCGCACCAAUGAGGCCCUCCGAACAGAGCCCAUCACCAUCAUCGCCGCGGGAGCCUUGGGCAUCGCCAAGGAAUCCUACGAGCCGCUAUUCGAGGAGCUGCUCAGGUGCGCGCAGUCCUCGGGGGUGCUUAUUCGGUCAAUAUGGAUGGCGGACAUGUUCAACGUCGGGCAGAGCGCGCUCCUGAACCAGGACAAUCUAGGCUGCGACCCGGCGUGGAUAGACCACUCUCGGGACCUGUGGAGCCUGAUCAGCCGCUUUUCCGACCUCAUGGUCAAGCCCAUCGUUGGUCUCGGCCACUCCUUUGGGUGUAACCAGCUGCUCUGUCUUUCGUGCUGGCACCCAAGCCUAUUCCAUUCCUUCGCCUUUGUCGAGCCGGGCAUCGACGCCCGCUAUGGCAGGGGAAUCACCAUUCCCUGGGCCUUGCAGGCACUGCGGCAGAGGGACUCGUUCCCAACCAGGGCCGAAGCCGAAGACGCCGUCGUCAAGCUCAACAAUGCUGCGUCCUGGGACCCCAGAGCUCUGUCGCGCCUGAAGCACUACUCGGUCCGUCAGGCAAGGGACAAGGACGGGGCAAGGAGCGUCUGGCGCCCCGUCACGCCAAAGCAUCAGAUCGCAGCUCUGGUGAGCCGCUUCAACCCUGGGCGCGUGGGUCUCGGGCCCAACGGGACCAAGGGCGUCACCAUGGCGGAGCGGGAAGUGGUGCCCGACAGCGAUCCUCUGGCCUUCAACAUAGGCCCCUUUUACCGACACGAGCUGCGGCUAGCAUGGAAUAUGCUGCCCAGCAUGAGACCAUGCGUCUUGUACGUCAAUGGAGCCAAGUCGCCGUUCUUCGGGCACCCAGCGACCCGCGAGGAGAGGCUGCGUCGAACGGGAACGGGAGUCGGAGGCAACGGCGGAGUGAAGCUAGGCGCCGUCAGGCAGGUCGUCAUCGAAGGCGGUGAGCAUACCAUGGUAUUCGACGAGAGUCUGAAGACGGUGGCGGCUCAUGUUGCCGACUGGUUAGCGGACGAGUGCCGGCGGUGGACGGAAGGACCCAAGAGACGAAGAGAACUGUGGCUGAGGGACGCUAAGGACAAGGGGUCGGUAGGAAGCGAUUUUCUGGCUGCACUGGAUGCUGAAAUGAAGAGGAUGAAGAGUAGGGCAGGGAAACUGUAG